AUGGAUAUAUUAAAUGCCACUUCGAGUGUCGACGAUGAUUCCACAUACACAGGAUCGAUUGCAACCGACAGAUUAAUGUAUUCAUUCUGGGGAAUAAGAAUUCUAAUAUAUAUAUUCUUUUUACUGGUAAACAUUGGCCAAACAUUUUUUGAACUGUUGGUUAUUAUGGAAAAAAAGAAUGUAAAUACUAGAUUCUUUACCUAUUUAUCAAUGUCAUUGUUUUGUGCCUGUAGAGUUACAGGUGAUAUUUUAAGAUAUGUAAACCCACAUGAUUAUCAAGUCGGUAGUGUAUACUAUUUCUUUUUCUCAUUUGGAGUGAUGCAAUUAUUGUAUACAUUCUUUAUAAGUGAUGAAGUUAGAUUGGGAGCAGUAAAGAGAGUAUGGAUAGUCAGUUAUUCAUUGGUUAUUCUCUAUUUCUGCUGGCAGUUGCCAGUGGAGAUAUUGUGUCUCUACAGAGAUCUGACGUUGCUCGAAGCGAUUGGAUUUUUUGGAUUCUUUAUUCUGUUUGCAUCGUGGGUGGUAUUCAAUGGUGUAACAUUCGUUCGUGGAAUGAGAAAUUCACAAAAGCGAAACAAGAUGAAACACUUUGAUAAGAUCAUCAGAAAGACAAAGAUCCUAGUGUCUACUGCCGUUGUCAGUGUCACCAUUAUCAUUCUACACGAUGUACUGUUCAACUUUGUUCUUGAUAAGCCAUACAAAUACUUCCCAUUGGAGACAUCCAUUACAAUGCUUGUAGACGUCGGACAGAUGAUCGUUGUCAUGGUGGUCAUGGCCGAUAGAAACUCACUAAAGAACUAUAUUCUCUUUAGAAGAGUAAGAAAUAUUGCAUCGAAAUCCGGCUCUACAAGUCUUGAUACUGGAUCUGGUGUACAAUCAAUUGAUUUAUCAAAGAAAUAUGAAGAUAGUUUCAGAUUGGAUAGUGAAUCAUCAUCUAUUGCUAGAGGAGAUUCUUAUACAUUCUCGGCAUCAGAUAGUUUACGUAAAGUAAAUGGAAUUGAACUAUUUAAAACACAAUCAACUUCAUCGAUAACUCCACUUGUUGCUCUACCACCAAAAUCAGAGACUUCUUCACCAAAUGUAUCAACUACACCACCAAUUUCAUCUUCAGUCUCAACUACACCACCAUCUCUCAGUGAACCAUCCACCCAAAUUGAAAUGUCAGCAACAGACUCAACAACAACAGUAACACCAUCAGAAGAUAACACACCUUGUAAUAUUGCACAAUCUAAACAUAAAUAUAAUAUAAUACUAUCAAUCUCUAUGGGAGUAUUUAAUAAAUAA